GGACCGCGCCAUGGUGUUGGGCUUGGCCUGGAAGCAGAUGUCGUGGCUGUACUACCAGUAUCUGCUGGUCACCGUGCUCUACACACUGGAGCCCUGGGAGCGCACCGUCUUCAAUUCUAUGCUAGUUUCCCUUGUUGGAAUGGCACUGUACACAGGCUAUGUGUUCAUGCCUCAGCACAUCAUGGCAAUAUUGCACUACUUUGAAAUUGUGCAGUGAUGAAGAACAUAUUUUCAAGAAGUAAUCAGGCUUUGAAAUCUGGUCUACAAAGAAUGAACCUCUUAGUUUUAACAAGACUUCUACCGAUGUCGGAAAGACACAAUUAUGACUCUGAAGACUAGGGAAUGAGAUAUGUAGAGCAGGGAUGUGAGAUGUCCCUUAUGUUGUGUCAU